ACACAACAGGAAACAGGUUGUGCGUGUCCAACAUGGCGACUGAAAUCCAGGAAGCGCUCGCAUAUGUCCGACAAAAUGUGUCAGAACUUCGUAAUUUAGGGAAGGAAUGGGGAUUGACCAACGCGGAGAUAGAAUUAUGUGUUCAGAGAGCCAUGUCGAUGAAAGUAAACACCAAGAAAUCACCUAAGAAGAAAGCUAGUAACGUCCAAGCAAGAAAGUUCGCAGCCCGAAAGACAUGGGCCCGAUGUCGAUGUUGCUUCAACAUGUGUUUUGUACUGGUGGGGGUGCUGCUGGUCGCGACGACAGUGACAGCAGGGGUGAUGGCAUAUCAAGCCAAGUCGAUCUCCCCCUCUCGGUUCCUUCAGCCAUACGCUUACAACAUAAUGAGGGUUGUUCGUCUUAGUUUGAGCGUUCCGCUCCAGCAAGUAUUUCACAUUGACAAGUACUACGAGACCGAAUGUCUUGUUGAUAACCCUAUGUUUGCCGAUCCAGUGAUGGAUUGUAUGAACUGUCAGCAGAUGAAGACAAUACGAGAAAUGACGACCACAACCGACUUUGACCUGUCCAUUGUGUCAGGACCCAUGGUUUUCAGGGGCCUCCAAGCGCCGGUACAUCUCCGUGACAUAUGGCAGGUUUUACACAAGUACCAGGACAACCACAUGCUGACCAGUCAUUCCCUGGACUGUACUGCCGACUGGGCUCAGUAUACAAGUGACCUAGCCAGACCAGACUUACUGGACAAAAUAAUACAGGAUGAAAACUUCUCAUGUAACUGGGAUAGCAGGGAGAAGCUGUUUCAUGGGCAGCUGAUGAGGAGUCUGUUUCCAAAAGCGUCGGUCAUCCCCUCUAAUGCAGAGAUUUGUCUCCAGAGGAAUGUCUUCAUUGACGGGAAAGGUGCUGAACAUCGGAAACUGCCUCCCAGCACAUUGGAAGGGUACAGCUGGUACGCCCAGGGGACAGGCACCCGGACUCUCGUGUUCCGCCCACACAAGGGAUGUGAUGACGUCUGUCAGUCAUUGAGCGUCACAGUGAAGGAGGGAGAUAUGGUGCUUUUCCUGAGUGGCGCCAUGGACGUAGAAGUCUCUGACAACAAGGAGGAAAUCAGUAUCAGCUACCUCGGACAUAUGUUACCGGAGUUGCCUCCACCACUGUUGUCAGAAACAGAAGACCAAUGAGUCGGAUAUAGCAACUACACCUCCAGCAUAAUAUUGUCAAACAAAUCAUUGAUAUCUUCUUAAUCCGGAAAGGAAUCUUGAUCUGAAAAACACUGGUAUUAUUUCUUGACAAGCCAAAUUCACAAACUGAUAUUUUCAUACAAAGUUUGACUACUCUCCUGUCCAAUAUUUAAAAAGAAUCUUUAGACAGUUGUAGACUCCUCAAGUCUUGUGGAGCUGUCCCUUGUUCUUGUUGAUGAAAAUUCUAAUUGAAAAUAAUGCGUUGAUUGUCUCUAUGUAAAGAAUGUUCAGGGUUUAACAUCUAAUGCUGGGAGAUUUGGAGGAAGUAUAGGGUGGACAGGCAACCUUAGGUGUGUUUUACAACCAGCACAAGUCCAUUAAGUAAUUAGAAGCAUUAAGAAUUCCUCAAAGGUGUACGGUAUUGCAUAUGUAAUUUAAAAAUAUAGUAAGUUUUGGUUUGAAUUCAGCAUUCUACAUCUUGUUAAGAAUUCCGUAUUUUUAGAAUUCCACUGUACUCUAAUUAUAUUUUUUUAAAUAUAUUUUUUGUAUUAUGCCAUUGUCUGUACAACUACUCCACAAACUGAAGAUGCAAUGAAUGGAUGAAGUGAAGUGAGUGAGUAACUGGAAAGGGGAUGUGUACAAAUUGUUAAAUCUUCACUCUGUAUAUCAAGUUGAAAUUUGAAUUAAAUAUAUUGAUAUAUUCUU